UUUAUAUAAUUUUUUUUCUCCGGUGGCGGAAACGGGCUUCCAUAGAAUCGUGUGGGUAACCAACGACAUUUAUCUUUCGUGAUGUUUACUGGUUGCCACGGUGACGCGAGAAGGGCGUGCGCGUGGCAGGAAUGUCGGACACGUUCUUUGCCUUUCUGUAGAUGCUGACGUCUUUUUUUAGGGCGGCGUACAAGAAGAGAUGCGCGCGUUCCGGGAUCACGAAGCUCACAAGUUGUUUUAAGCGUGGUCAUGUGACCCGGCCGUUUUCCCGCGGGUACACGCUUCAGAAGUGUUUACAUGCAAGUUACUUUUAGGACAGAACUAUAACAUCUGCCUUGCCUGUGCUGUUAUAGCCCCUCCUUCCUGCCCGGAGCCAUGGGGGCCUUCCUGGACAAGCCAAAGACGGAGAAGCAGAACUCUCACGGGGAGGGUAACAGCCUGCACUACGGCCUGAGCAGCAUGCAGGGCUGGCGCGUGGAGAUGGAGGAUGCGCAUGCAGCCGUGCUGGGGCUGCCAAGCAGCCUGGACGCCUGGUCCUUCUUCGCCGUCUUCGACGGGCACGCCGGCUCGCGCACCGCCACCUACUGCUCGCAGCACCUGCUGGGCUCCAUCAUGGAUGGCACCAGUUUCUGUGGCGACGACCCUGCGGCGGUCAGGAGCGCAAUCCACGCUGGCUUCCUGCGGGUGGAUGAGGACAUGCGCGGCUGCCCGGACCGCAGCGGCUCUACAGCCGUGGCACUCUUGGCGUCUCCGCGCCGCCUCUACUUCAUCAACUGCGGUGAUUCGCGGGCAGUGCUGUGCCGCGGCGGCAGGGUACAGCUGGCCACACAUGACCACAAGCCGGCAGACCCGGUCGAGUGUGAGCGCAUCGUCAGGGCAGGCGGCUCCGUCACCGUGCAGCGAGUCAACGGCUCGCUCGCCGUGUCCCGCGCCCUCGGUGACUUCGACUACAAGUGCGCCAACGGCCGAAGCCCCACAGAGCAGCAGGUGUCGCCGGAGCCCGAGGUGUACGAGGUCGAGCGCAGUGAGGAUGAUGAGUUCGCCUUGCUGGCCUGCGAUGGCAUCUGGGACGUCAUGAGCAACGAGGAUGCAUGCAGCUUCAUCCGUUCGCGCCUGCAGCUGCAGGACAACCUGGAGGAGGUCUGCAACAGCCUGCUGGACACCUGCCUGCACAAGGGGAGCCGGGACAACAUGAGCGUGGUGCUGGUCUGCUUCCCCAACGGGCCCAAGGUGAGCGAGGCGGCCGUGCGGCAGGAGGCAGAGCUGGACCGCCACCUAGAGGCUCGUGUGGAAGAAAUCAUGCAGAUGGAGGAGAACGGCACCCCAAGCAUGGCGGAGGUGAUGCGUGUCCUGGCUUCGGAGGCCAUUCCCAACCUGCCACCAGGGGGCGGUCUCGCUAGCAAGCACGGAACCAUUGAGGCGGUCUACACCCGGCUGAACCCCCAUGGCGAAGACGUGGAUUCCCACGGCGCCGAGGGAGGUGGCACUGCAGCCACCCACCUGCUGGAUGUGCUGCGCCAGUUUCGCAUCAAUCACAGGGGCGAGUACCGGCAAGUCCUGGAGGGGACGCUCUCCAGCUUCUGCCAGCCCUGCGAUAGCCCUAAUCCCGACGAAGGUGACCCAGAAGGCACCGCUCCUUUGCCGGAGUCUGUGACUGGUGGGGAUAUGAGGGGCUGUUCUGGAGAGGCUCCUGCCCCACCCACUGCAUGAACUCUGACCUCUGAGACUCCAGCCGUGCCCAACGCCCCCUGAGCCAGCUGGUCGCCGUCCCUGCGGUUUCUCUCAGGCACUUCUUGCGAUGCCAAAAAACUCCAUUUCUGGUUCUGGGAGACCCGCCCCCCCCCCCCCGUGACUGAUUAAAACACAAAGAGGGUCUCCUGCAUUAGCAUUAUACUACUUGAUCUUCAGAGACUUCUGGGGGCAUUCCAGGAGCCUGGCCACUGCGUUACACAUUUCGUUACACUUUUGACAUGCAUGGCUGUGUUUGGGCAGUCUGUGAACACCCCCUCCCCCACGUUACACAGUCUGCCUGGAUACUUUGGGUCCUGUGACCUCUGGCUCCCUGGCUCUUGCCCCAUCAGCCUGAAUGAGGCGCUGAAGGGGAUCUUAGGGACCGUGUGAAUUUUGCACCUUUUUUGGGGAACAUGAGCCAUGAGGAGUGUCAGGCAGGAGCUGUUUCUGUCUGCAUCCAUGCUGGCGUCAUUUUUUAAGCCCCUUGUGACGGUGUGGACCUGUCAGUAUUAGUGUGAGCGCUGUGCUGAUUGUUCUCAUCACACAGGGGGUUUCAGCGAGGAUUCCCCAGUCGAAAGCUGGAUUCCUAGGAAAGCCCCUGGGUUGCUCUGGAUCUCAGAGAAUGGAGUUUGAUGGCGUCACCGACGUGUGCUGAGGGCUCUCGCAGCACUUAGCCGGACGUCUAAGCCUUUCAUCCUUUCGGUAGCGGAGAGGACAGGGGGAGCUUCUCUUCAGCAGUGUCUUAUUGUAUGAAUGCUUUGGUGGUGGCAUCAUGUGGCGCUUGCCUGCGUUUCCUUAUCACCACUGGGCGGGGUCACAUCCGUGGGCGGGGUCACAUCCGUGGGCGGGGUCACAUCCGUGGGCGGGGUCACAUCCGUGGGCGGAGUCACAUCAGUGGGCGGAGUCACAUCCGUGGGCGGGGCCCAGUGUCGACCCAAAGCCUUUUGAUAAGUUUUAAAUAGAGAUGUUUCUGUUUAUGUGUGCAGAUGAGUAAUAAAGUGUACAGAAGUGCU